CCUCCCCCUUCUGCCUCCCCUCUUCUUUCCUCCCCAUUCCCUCCCUUCCCCCUCCCCCUCGGCGCUGACCGAGCGGGCCACCGUCCGUCUCGCCCCGUCCCGGAGAAGGCGAAGCGGGUCCGGGCGAGUGUGUGGGUCCGUGUGCGCGACGAGAGGGGGAAGCCGUUUCUGCCCCCCUAAGAUGGUGUCGGCGGCCGCCGAGGGAAGGCAGAGGAAGAGGCCGGCGGCGGCGGCGGGGGCGGCGGCGAGCGCUGAGCGGACGCGGAGGCCCCUGCCGCAGUGCCGGGGUCCGGGCCGGGGCCGGGCGGCGGUGACAGGGAGGGCUGGGGCGAGGAGCGGGCUGUCCGCGCCAGGACCGUGGCCGGGGUCUCGGCGCUCCCCGCCGGCGCCGCCGCUGCUGCCCCUGCUGCUGCUGCUGCCGCUGCUGCCCCUGCCCGCGCCCCGGGCGGCCGAGGCGGCGGCGCCGGCGGCCGUAGCGUCAGGCUCGGCCGCGGCCGAGGCCAAGGAGUGCGACCGGCCCUGCGUGAACGGCGGCCACUGCAACCCGAGCACGGGCCAGUGCGUGUGUCCGGCCGGCUGGGUGGGCGACCAGUGCCAGCACUGCGGGGGCCGCUUCAGGUCGCGGGUGACCCGCGGACGCUGCGCCCGGCGUGGGUUUGGGGCCCCGGGGCGCCAUCCGCGGGCUUCCCAGCAGGGGGGCCCUGCAAAACCCCUAAGCCCGGGAGAAAUGUCCGGCCAAGGAGGAGCAGGCCUCGUGGGGCUUGAGCGGGGGAUGCCAGAUUGCGCCCCUGGGGGUCUCCGCAAAGCGUCCUCGGGACCACGGCGUUCCCUUUCAGGAGUGUACUUGUCUGUUGCCCUCUCCUCCCAGUUAGAGUUUUAUCGGCAAAGAAAAAAACUUAAAAUUCAAUUUUGUAUUUGUGCAAGACAGAUUUCUAAUCUCACAAAUACCAGCUUUAUUUUAAAUCCAGAGAUUUUUUAUUAUUUACAUGUGAAGCAAACAUGCAUUUUUCUAACAGUAUCUUUGAUUAUAAUUAUAUAUUCAUUUUUUCCCCUUAGGCCAAAUAGAAUACUACGCCUUCGCUUCAGUCAUUUUGCUACAGAGUGUAGUUGGGAUCAUCUAUAUGUUUAUGAUGGGGACUCCAUUUAUGCCCCAUUAGUGGCUGCUUUUAGUGGAUUGAUUGUUCCUGAGAGAGAUGGCAAUGAGACUGUUCCUGAAGUGGUGGCCUCCUCUGGAUAUGUUCUGCUGCACUUCUUUAGUGAUGCUGCCUAUAACUUGACUGGAUUUAACAUCACAUAUAGUUUCGACAUGUGCCCCAAUAACUGUUCUGGUCGAGGAGUAUGUAAACUCAGUAAUGACAGCAACACUGUGAAGUGUGAGUGUUCAAAAUACUGGAAAGGAGAAUCCUGUGAUAUUCCUUACUGUACAGAUGACUGUGGCUAUCCAAAUCGAGGCAUCUGCAAUUCAAGUGAUGUUAAAGAAUGCUCUUGCUUCCCAAACUGGCAGGGACCUGGCUGUGCAGUUCCUGUGCCAGCUAAUCAGUCAUUUUGGACUCGGGAGGAAUACUCUCAGCCAAAGCUCCCCAGAGCAUCCCACAAAGCUGUUGUCAGUGGUAACAUAAUGUGGGUUGUUGGAGGUUAUAUGUUCAACCAUUCAGAUUACAACAUGGUUCUCGCGUAUGACCUUGAUGCUGGGGAGUGGCUUCCACUGAACCAAACUGUAAAUGAUGUGGUUGUCAGAUAUGGUCAUUCUUUGGCAUUAUACAAGGACAAAAUCUACAUGUAUGGAGGAAAAAUUGAUUCAACAGGCAAUGUGACAAAUGAGUUGAGGGUGUUUCACAUUAAAAAUGAAUCAUGGGUUUUAUUGGCCCCUAAAGCAAAGGAGCAGUAUGCAGUUGUUGGGCACUCAGCACACAUUGUCACAAUGAAAAAUGGCCGAGUUGUCAUGCUGGUCAUCUUUGGUCACUGUCCUCUCUAUGGCUACAUAAGCAAUGUGCAGGAAUAUGACAUUGGUAAGAAUACAUGGAGUAUUUUACAAACUCAGGGUGCUCUUGUACAAGGAGGUUAUGGUCACAGUAGUGUCUAUGAUGCCAAGACAAAUUCCCUCUACAUACAUGGUGGUUAUAAGGCUUUCAGUGCCAACAAAUAUAGACUUGCUGAUGAUCUAUAUAAGUAUGAUGUGGACACUCAAAUGUGGACCAUUCUUAAAGAUAGCCGUUUUUUCCGUUAUUUGCACACGGCUGUGAUAAUCAGUGGAACCAUGCUGGUAUUUGGAGGAAACACACACAAUGAUACCUCUAUGAGCCAUGGUGCCAAGUGCUUUUCAUCAGAUUUCAUGGCCUAUGAUAUUGCUUGUGAUCGCUGGUCAGUACUUCGAAGACCUGAUCUUCAUCAUGAUGUUAACAGAUUUGGCCACUCAGCAGUCUUAUACAACAGCACUAUGUAUGUAUUUGGAGGUUUCAAUAGCCUUCUGCUCAGUGAUAUCCUGAUGUAUACAGCAGAAAGGUGCGAAGCACAUCAAAGUGAGGACACUUGUGUAGCAGCAGGACCUGAAGUUCGGUGUGUAUGGAAUAUGAAUUCAUCUCAAUGUAUCCCUUGGGAACUGGCAACUGAAAUGCAAGAGGAGAAGACCAGGGCAGAGUGCUUUUCAAAAAGAACUGCCGAUCAUGACAAGUGUGAUCAGCACACAGACUGUUACAGCUGUACAGCUAAUACAAAUGACUGCCAGUGGUGUAAUGAUCAUUGCAUCUCCAUGAACAGCAACUGUACUGAAGGCCAGGUUUCUAUUUCCAAAUAUGAGAAUUGUCCAAAGGAUAAUCCAAUGUAUUACUGUAACAAAAAAACAAGUUGUAAGAGCUGUGCCAUGGACCAAAACUGCCAAUGGGAACCCAGGAAUCAAGAGUGUGUUGCUCUGCCUGAAAAUAUCUGUGGUGCUGGCUGGCAUUUGGUUGGAAAUUCAUGUUUAAAAAUUACUACCACCAAAGACAAUUACGACAACGCUAAAUUGGCCUGCAGGAACAUGAAUGCCUUCCUGGCUUCUCUCACUACCCCGAAGAAGGUGGAGUUUGUUCUUAAACAGUUACGCUUAAUGCAAUCAGCACAAUCUCUGUCCAAAACAACCUUGACCCCAUGGGUAGGGCUUCGGAAGAUCAAUGUGUCAUAUUGGUGCUGGGAAGACAUGUCCCCAUUUACAAAUAGCUUACUUCAAUGGCUGCCAUCAGAACCAAGUGAUGCUGGAUUCUGCGGAAUCUUGUCAGAGCCUAAUGCCAGAGGCUUGAAGGCUGCAACCUGUAUUAGCUCACUUAAUGGGAGUAUCUGUGAAAGGCCUGCCAAUCACAGUGCCAAACAGUGUCGUACUCCCUGUGCCUUGAGAACAAUGUGUGGGGAGUGUACCAGUGGCAGCUCAGAGUGCAUGUGGUGUAGUAACAUGAAGCAAUGUGUAGAUUCAAAUGCUUAUGUGGCCUCUUUUCCAUUUGGCCAGUGUAUGGAGUGGUAUACCAUGAGCAGCUGUCCCCCGGAGAAUUGUUCUGGUUAUUGUACUUGUGGUCACUGUUUGGAGCAACCUGGUUGUGGCUGGUGUACUGAUCCGAGCAACACUGGCAAGGGAAAGUGCAUCGAAGGCUCCUUCAAAGGGCCAGUGAAGAUGCCAUUCCAGGCAGCAACAGGGAGUCACUAUCCACAACCACUUCUUAAUUCUAGCAUGUGUUUAGAAGACAACAGAUAUAACUGGUCUUUCAUCCAAUGUCCAGCAUGCCAAUGUAAUGGACAUAGUAAGUGUGUCAAUGAAAGCAUCUGUGAAAAGUGUGAGAAUCUGACAACUGGCAAACACUGUGAGACAUGUAUAUCAGGCUUCUAUGGUGAUCCUACUAAUGGAGGAACAUGUCAACCAUGCAAGUGCAAUGGUCAUGCCUCCCUCUGUAAUACAAAUUCAGGCAAGUGUUUCUGUACCACCAAAGGAAUCAAAGGAGAUGAAUGCCAAUUAUGUGAAGUAGAAAAUCGCUACCAAGGGAAUCCUCUCAAAGGAACAUGUUACUAUACACUUCUUAUUGACUAUCAGUUCACCUUUAGUCUCUCCCAAGAGGAUGACCGUUAUUAUACAGCUAUCAAUUUUGUGGCUACACCUGAAGAACAAAACAGGGACUUGGAUAUGUUUAUCAAUGCCUCAAAAAACUUCAACCUCAACAUUACUUGGGCAACAAGCUUUACAGCUGGGACACAAGCUGGAGAAGAGAUGGCUGUUGUUUCAAAAACCAACAUUAAAGAGUACAAAGAUAGCUUCUCCAAUGAGAAAUUUGAUUUCCGCAGCCACCCAAAUAUCACUUUCUUUGUUUAUGUCAGCAAUUUUACUUGGCCCAUCAAAAUUCAGAUUGCAUUCUCUCAGCACAGCAACUUUAUGGACCUGGUCCAGUUCUUUGUGACCUUUUUCAGUUGUUUCCUCUCGUUGCUGCUUGUGGCCGCUGUGGUUUGGAAGAUCAAGCAAAGCUGUUGGGCUUCAAGGCGGAGAGAGCAACUUCUUCGUGAGAUGCAACAGAUGGCCAGUCGUCCCUUUGCCUCCAUCAAUGUUGCCUUGGAAACAGAUGAAGAGCCACCUGAUCUUAUUGGAGGAAGCAUAAAGGCUGUUCCCAAGCCCAUUGCGUUGGAACCCUGCUUUGGUAACAGAGCAGCAGUCCUUUCAGUGUUUGUGAGGCUGCCUCGAGGUCUGGGAGGAAUCCCUCCACCAGGACAGUCAGGACUUGCUGUGGCCAGUGCACUGGUGGACAUUUCUCAACAGAUGCCAAUUGCUUACAAAGAGAAAUCAGGAGCCAUGCGAAAUCGGAAACAGCAGCCACCUGCACAGCCUGGAACCUGCAUCUGAUGCUGGAGCAUAAGAACUGUCCCUGUAAGGGUUUUAACACACAAGAACAGUUGGAAAGGGAGGGAGGGCGGGGAGGGAGGGAGGGCCACAGAUUUUACAGUCAUGGUGCAAGCGACUGGAGAUACUUGGAGAAGGCAGCGUCCUUGAGCCCAACCUUGUCUGCGUGGUCGUUUGCUUUGUCUGAAAGUUGCUCCAGUUUGUGUUCCAGAGUCCACCCUUUUCUUUCUCGUCAGAUUCAUUUAAUUUAAUUACAGGUCCAAUAAUGAUCUCGUCAUCAUUAUGGGAAGACAGUGUAAAUAAAGCCAGGAGAACAGUUAGGAAUGAAUGACACUCAGGUUUACACUUAAAGAACUGUUCCUGGGGACUUGUAUUUCUCAACUGUGCAAAAAAAAAAAAAAAAGAUGCAGUGUUUACAGGUAAAUGUUAGUCAUCGAUAACUCACCAAUGCAGGCUUUUAGGGAACCUUCAGAUGAAGUCGCUUAAUUUUCAUCUGAAGUAUAUUCUCUCUUUAAAAAAAAAAAUGCUGUUUAUUCUUGAAUCAUCUAGGCAGAGAUCUCUCUCUUCCAAUGGAAUGGUAUUUUUCUAGUUGAGAAUUAUUUACAGUCCAUCUCUUUGGAAUCAUGUCAAAGUAGAAUAGAAUGAGACUAUUUUAAUAUAAAGAUCAGAAAUGUCACUUGGAAAGAAUGCAAAUUAUUGUGGUUUUCUAAGGAAUCUUGGUUAAUAUAGUCUUAACCCAUUUAGAACACACACACGUGCACACACACACGAAGUGCCUAGACUUUAAAUAGAUCUAGCAAUUUGGGAAAUUAGUAUACAUAGGUUUUUACAUAAUUGCAUUCCUAUAUUCCUGUAAAAUUUAAAUGGUUACCCUAGGCAAUCUGUGCUCUUUUCUAAAACCUAAUUUGCAGCCAGGCAAGAUGAUAGAAUUUUUCCACUCAAGGAUGUGCUUAACCUGGUAGCAGUACCUGGAAGGGAAAGUAGAAUUGAGCUACAAUAUCCUAUGUAAAAGCUGCUGUUCUCACCUCUUGUCCCAAGUCAAAGGUGUGGGAAUGUGGAGUGUCCCUUGUGUGUGUCCCAUAACCUUCUAAGUCUCAACUUUAGUGUUUCUCUUGGCCCUUCCUGUGCUUCCUUCCAGGGCACAAAAGUGGAUGUUAGUCAUCCUCCAUACCCACCAAGGGAAAAAGAGGGCUGGGUGUGCUUUGGGAGCAAGACACAGCUCUGUUUCUCGUGUCCAUUUACAUUUUAACCUCAUCUGCCUUGAGUGUCUAUUUUCCUCAGGGUCUAGGCUAAUGGACUCGGACAUCUGCUGGAGGAAGGGACAGUCCUUGAUGGGAUUCUGUUCAGUUCACUUCAGAUAUGUGUCAAGGCCCCUUGCUUGGUCCUGUAGAUACAAAAAUGAAAUAAGACAGAGGCCCUGUUAGUAAGGACUUUUCAAUUUAAUAGGGCAGAUAGAUGAGACAUAGACCCAAAUAAAUAGAGUACAAGAUAGAAUGUAGUAAAGGCAAAGGAGAAAUUCAGAUGGUCAUGUGGGAAAAUGGGAGUAAGAGGAGAAGUCUCUUUCAGCUGGGCCUUCCAUCAAGGGCCAAAGCCCAGAAUCUGCCAUGACAUGCAGAAGGGGAAAGAGGAUAUUUGCCUUCUUUCUUAUCAGAAGGAACCUCCUCACCUCCCUAGAUGUAGGAGGCUCUUCUCCACCAUCUAGAGCUCAUGUUGAGGACUAAUAGAGAAUCAGCACAUCCAGAGAUCUUAAAAGGAGAAACUCAGGUUUGCCAAAUGGAGUGAGCAAUAAUGAUUUUAAGAGGGACAGGAGAAAACAACUCUUAGAAACUGGAAGUACUGCAUCUUUUUUUCCCCCAUUUUCUUAUACUCUGUCUCUUAAUAUCCAUAGUAGCCAGUGGGAAAAUCACUCCCACACUGCAUCAGCAAGGUCUAGGGUAUGACAAUGAACUAGAGGAACUUCUCUCCCAACUUCAUCUCAAAAGAACUAUGGUGGUGAGGGAGGUGAACCUUUGGGCAUUUAGGUAGUUUAAGACCAGUAGAACAAAUAAAUGCCUUAGAAGUUCAUUCUUUUGAGAUGCAACCUUGAAGAAAUGCAGUGAUUAGAGAGAGCUUUUUCUCUUCUCCUACCCUUAUAACCCUAUUCUUUCUCCCAGGGGUAAGAUUCCCCCCAAUGCUUUUUUUUCCUGGAAGAUUUUUGGGAAAAAACACUUAUCUAAUGUACAGAAAAAUUACCUCCAAUAGACUCAGUUCUCCAAGAAUGGACCCUUUCCCCUUCACACAAUACUGGCCAAGAGCAAGGGUAUAUAACCUCUGAAGGUCCCUUUCAACUCUAACUCUGUGUUUCCAGGUGAACGCAGAGGAGGAGACCCCACAGCCCCCUCUACCUAAGAUUGUCCAUCCAGCUUCUCCAGGAGGUACCAAUUAUGUAAAGACCUUGAGAAUGAUCCAGGCCUCUUUUAAGAGUGGGAAGGUGGGGAAACAGGCUGUGGGAGCUGCCUCUUGCAAAGAAGUAACCUCAGCAUUGACUCUGAGGACUGAUUUUUCCUUUUGCUAAGACAGUCUUUACUACACCUCUCCCCUAACUCCUUCCACACCAUCCCCCUCUUCCUCAUAGAUACCAUUGUUGGAAAAGUCCUGAACAGUAAGUGACUGUCAGCCACAGAGAGGCGCACAGACUAUCUCUUCAGUGAUUGAAAGGAAGCAGGAGGUCGAAGGCAAAGCAAGUAGAGCCCUGCAAGAAACCAAGAAUUUUGAAUCACUUUUGGGGAAUAGCCCUCCUUUCAGUCUUCUCUCUGCCAGCGUGUGGAUUUUCUGGGCUACUGUUAUGUCUCUGCCUCAGCCCUGCUACCCUCAGCAAAUGGCUUAAUCCAAACUUAGAGUUCAACUGGAAUGGGGAGGAGUAAAAUCUCUAAUAGCUGGCUUGUCUCACUUCUAAGCCAGUUUCCUGGCCCUGCAAACAGGCCCAUAUAUCACCAGAAAGCCUGUGAGUAAAUGAAAACCAUUUUAAUAACCCAGCUAAAUAAUACAGUGGCAUCGUGUAUAAAAUGCUAAAUCUUUGAAAAUGCACAUAAAACAGAGGAACUGCUCAUGUAUUUUUGAUGCAUUUUAAAUGAUGCCUGAAUUUUGUCUUAAUAACAUGCCCCAGUGCUAAGUGCUGGCUAUCUUUCAGAGCUCAGAGAAGUCAUCCAAUUAGAUCCUGAUGCUCUGCCAAUUGAGCAGGAAAAAUAUCCCCAACAUGUUGAUGCAUUUAAAUGCAACUCAUUUCAGUGAAACAAAAUAUCUCAAAAAGAAAGCUUUUCUCCUACUUAAAAAAAAUACAGGCGGAAUCAGACAGUAAAUCAGCCUAAUGUAAGCUGUUCCAUAGAAGAAUGUUAAAAUGAAGCUGUUUAUACUCUUGUCGUUAGAGUUGGCCCACAUCUCUAUUUGCCAGAGGGUCUUGACUUCAGGGAAAUGGUUGGAUGCCCCGAGUUUCAGCUCUAGAAAUAGUUCCCUUGAUUUUUAUAGUUAAAUUCUUGUGAGACAUGGAAGCAAAAAUUCCAGAGCCAUGUUUUAAACGGUUGAAAUUUGUGGUUGUGACUUUGUUUAGGUUUCUAAUGGGAAUUUUCCAGCCUUUUAGUUUAUAGCAUGAAUGAUGCCUUUGGGCACUGCAAAAUAAGUUAUUUUUUAUUUGGUUAUUUUGUUUGCAAAUGAUUCCUAUUUUUCCAACAAAAAUUUCAUAAAUGUUUGUAGUCAUUGUGUGCAGCAGCCAGUAACAUCCCUCUUUACUUGUUUCCUCUCUUACUCCUUUCCAUAUCUUUAUUUGUCUAGGAACCUGCAGUCUGUUCUCUGAGUAAAGAGAGACUGAGGUCCCUUCCACCUCUCCCCAAGGCCCAUCUGCCCAAGAUAAGGAUAGCCUGAUUGCUGUGAGAGGCGCUGGAAGAGAAUCCUGGGCCCACAGAUUUCCAAGAUCAUGUGUGCAGGGAAGAAAAACAGGGCUGGGCCAGAGAGGUCUGUGGGUAGAGGGGACCAGAACACUGAGUCACUGACCCUGGAAUUGAAAGUGAAGUUUCUUCUAGUCCCUCUUCUGGGAAAGUUGUCAUUAAACUCACCUUGGAAUUGGGGUGACUGGGAAGAGGAGGUUGGCGUGGUCUACAAGAUCAUCAUACCAACCAGUAGGAAUAGGGAUUUUGCUUUAAACAGCUUCUCCACAGCUUUUUAUCUUUUGAAUGGUAAAGUUCAAAUUUAUUGGAGUUUUCUGCCAACCACACACAUGGCUAAGACAGAGAGUCAUGUUUUUAAUAUCCUUGCUUUUAUCAGACAUACCUUUCCACUUUGGGUAAAGUUAAGUGAGUGAUGUGGCACUACCUGAAGGAAGAAUAAGGUAUUCCCUGUGACGGGAGGUGUCUAAGGAGAGGCCGAACGGGAGCGCUGAUCAUCAGGGAGAGAGGUGUGGGGGGCAUUUUUGCCCAGUUGGGACUGGAUGCCCCUAGUUUUGAGAUUAUGUUCAGUGGGAAAGUCAAUAACUAAACCAUAGAAUUGGCUUUGACUUCUAACUGUGCUACAGGGAAGGCCUUGGAGAGAUGCCUCCCUUCCCCAAUAAGCCAGAUUCAAGAGCAGGGGUAUGAACAGAGGGAAGAAAUAGGCUGAUCAGGGGCAAACUGUGCUCAGGAUACUUGCUGUCUCUCUUCCAUGUUGGGGCUCAAAUGACAGUUACCCAAUUUACUGAACUUUUCUUAAAUAAAAAUUCUUGUGCAUGUCUUCCAGGUACUAUAAUUAUCCAGAGACAUUUUCCCCCUGAUCAGUAAUUCACACUAAUAAAAGUUCUGCCAGGGAGAAAAAUUGUGUAAUAAUAGCCUGUAAAAUCUGUCAGUCCACCCUUUUAAAAGAAAUGCUGAAAGAUUUCCCACUUAUUCUGAAUUUGGACCUAGCACACAUUAACACUAGUGAAACCUAUUUCCUUGAACUAAUUCUGUCUUUGCAAACUCCUUGGGUCUGCGGUUAUUUCCAGUUCUUCUGUGUUCGGACUCCAGCUUAGUUUGUUAAUAUGUAUAAUUUAGCAUUGAUUGCACUCAUAUGUAAAUACGGAGUAAGUAUUGUAAACUAUUUCAUUGCUGGGGAUCGUGGGUGUUAUACAUACACAAGUUAGGACUGCAACUUUUUGGUAUUUUUUUGUAUUGUAAGAUAACAGCUAAUUUAAGCCGGAACAAGAGAAUUCUGGAAGGUCUGUGCAUUUUAAACACAAAUGUGAAGUACAUGUAUAUAAACAAAAAGUAAAUACUGUAAUACAAAAUUUCCUUCGGAAAUAAAGUAGAAGAUCUGGUUAAAGUGGA